GAUGGGCGGACAGGUGGCAGCGGGGGGGCCGUCCAAGCUCCUCCCCCUGGCGUCCGGUCUUCGCUGUCUGGCUGGACAAGUGCAAACGUCAGAGCCCAGCGCCCCCCUGUGUUCAACUACAGGUGGCGCUGGAGGUUCGUCCGUCCUGAUGAAACCCUUCUUGCCUUUCCCCAUGGACGCCGUUGCGCCAGUCGCACUGUUUCCAAACUUCAACACGAUGGACCCCGUGCAGAAGGCCGUCAUCAACCACACGUUUGGUGGCGUGGCGGCCAAGAAGAAACAGGUGAUCACGUGCGGCGUGUGCCGGCUGAGGUUCAACUCUGACUCGCAGGCGGCGUCUCACUUCCGAGGCGGGCGUCACGCCAAGAAGGUCAAGUCCCAGGAGAACAAGACCAAUGGCAGUGGCUCCAGGAAGGCAGGCUCCGCCCCUCCGAUGAGCACCAAUCAGCACACAGAGGUCGCCCCUUCCUCACCCUCGUCCAGCCGAGCAGGAAGUGAGACUCCUCCCCCUAGCCCCGCCCCCACUCUCCCCCAGGAAGCCCCGCCCACGGCGGAGUGUGAGGAGGAGAGGGCCAAGCAGCUGAUGUAUUGUUCCCUCUGCAAGGUGGCCGUCAACUCUCUGUCUCAGCUGGUGGCUCACAAUGCAGGGUCCAAACACAAGACCAUGCUGGACGCUCGCAGCGGCGCCGGUCCCAUCAAGUCCUACCCUCGCCCCGGCGCCAAGCCCAAGACGUGCGGCGCAGCCACGGUGAAAGGUUCUGGUCUGCAGAACAAAACCUUCCACUGUCAGACGUGUGACGUCCACGUCAACUCUGAGAUACAACUCAAACAGCACAUCACCAGCAGGAGGCACAAGGACCGUGUGGCAGGCAAGCCCAGCAAGUCCAAACACUCUCCUCACAACAACAACAACAACAUGAGAACACAACACAGCUCGCUGAUGGAGCUGGCCAAGUCCCCCUUCCUCCCCCCUCCUCCCUUCGCCUCCUCCCUCCCACCUCGGCCCCACCCCUCCGUGCCCCUCCUCGCCGCCUCCUUCCUGCGUCAGGCGCCAGGACAGAUCCGAACGCGCCACCCCUCCCUCCUCUUCGCGCCCUACUGAUGCUGACCUUUGGCCUCUCUGGACUCAUCUUGGACCAGAACCAAAGAAACUUCCAGAACAAACCUUGGUGUCUCAAGAAGAACCAGAAGAACCUUUGAAAGUAAAAAGUGGACCUGAACCAGAAGCUAGACUUGGAUAAGAGGACAAGUGAAGGAUUCUGUGACGUCAUCAGACUGUUGUCCAAUCACCUGCCAGAACUGCAGCGUCAGGCUACUUUCCAGGACCUUUGGGUCGGGACCUGCUUUUGACUCCAGGCCACGAGAGGACAUCACGUGACCUCAGAGGAACUUCCUGUCUCAUUCACUUCUCACCAGCAGCAGACAACCAGGCUCCGCCCCCUUUCAUGAGGUCAUGUGACCUGCUCUUACUUUGUGCUUCUUCUCAUUUGGUUUGCUUGCUCCUGAACUACUUGAACUGUUGGUAUGCUCCUCCUGUGAUGAGGAUGAUGGUGAUAGUGAUGAGGAAGAUGAUAAUCAUGAUGGUGAUGAUAGUGAUGAGGAUGAGGAUGAUAGUGAUGAGGAAGAUGUGAGGAUGAUUGUGACAUUAAUGAAACAUGAAGAAAUGGAUUAGGAUGACUAUGGUGAGAAUGAUGAUGGUGAUGUGAGGAUGACUAUGAUGAGAAUGAUGAGGAAGAUGAUAAUCAUGAUGGUGAUGUGAUGAUAGUGAGGAUGAUUGUGACAUUAAUGAUCAUGAAGAAAUGGAUGAGGAUGACUAUGAUGAGAAUGGUGAUGGUGAUAUGAGGAUGACUAUGAUGAGGAAGAUGAUAAUCAUGAUGGUGAUGUUAUGAUAGUGAGGAUAAUUGUGACAUGAAUUAUGAAUAAAUGGAUGAUGAUGAGAAUGAUGACAGUAAUGAGGAAGAUGAUAAGGGUGAUGUGAUGAUAGUGAGGAUGAUUGUGACAUUACUUAUGAAGAAGUGGAUGAGGAAGAUGAUAAUGAUGAGCAUUUUGAUAAUCAUCAUGGUGAUGUGAUGAUAGUGAGGAUGAUUGUGACAUUAAUUAUGAAGAAAUGGAUGAGGAUGAAGAUGAUAGUAAUGAGAAAGAUGAUAAUGGUGAUGUGAUGAUAGUGAAGGUGAUUGUGACAUGAAUUAUCAUGAAGAAGUGGAUGAGGAUAAUGAGUGUGGUUAUGAUAUAAGCUUGAUGAUAAAAGUUACGAUGAUGAUGCAAGCGUGAUGAUAAUUGUAAGGAGGAUGGAGAUGAUGAUGAUAAAUAUGAUGAUGGCUAGAUUUAGGAUGAUGAUGACGACAGAGAAUAUGUGAUGAUGAGAAUGAAAAUAAUUAUUGCGAGGAUAAAGAUGAUGGUAAUUACAAUGAUGAUAGCAAGGACAAUAAUGAUAAUUGUCAGGAUGAUGGCGAUGACGCUGUGAUGAUGAUAGUGACGAUGAUAAUUAUAAUGGCAAUAAUUAGGAUGAUAAUGAUGGUGAGGAUCAUAAUGAUAAAUAUGGUGAUCAUGAUAUUUAUGAUGGCAAGAAUUAGGAUGAUCAAGAUACAUAUGAUGAUGAUAAUUGUGAUGGAGAUAAGGACCAUGUAUAUGAUGACGAUAGUGACAAUGAUAAUUAUGAUGGCAAGAAUUAGGAUGAUAAUGAUGGUGAUGAUAGUGACCAUGAUAAAUAUGAUGGCAAGAAUUAGGAUUAUAAGGAUGGUGAUGACGAUAAUUGUGACGAUGAGUAUGACAGUUAUGAUGAUGCUGGCGAGGAUGAUAAUAUCAUUGUAAGGAUGAUGGAGAUAAUGGUGGGAUGAUGAUGAUGAUGGCAGGAAUUAAGAUGAUAGUGAUGAGGGGCAUGUUGAUAACGGUGAUGAGGACAAUGGAGAUGAUUAUGACGAUAAAAGAUGAUAAUGAUUAUAAUAGGGUGAUGAUGAGGAUGAUUGUAAGGAUGACGGUGAUGAUAAUGAGAAGGGUGGAAAAGAUGUGGACUAUAAUGAGGAUGAUAAUGAUGAUUGUGAGAAUGAUGAGGAUAUUAAAAAUAAAGGUGAUAAUAUUGAACCAGAACAAAAAGUACUCUGACUGACGAUGUCAUCAUGAUGCAAUAACGGAGAGUCUCAUACAAUCUUGAAUAAAAAUACAACUUUUAUUGGUGAACGUAUCUGUUAUCCAUUGGACAUGUCUGAUGACCUACUAGAACUGAUCUGUUAUCCAUUGGACAUGUCUGACGACCUACUAGAACUUAUCUGUUAUCCAUUGGACAUGUCUGACGACCUACAACAACUUAUCUCAAAGUCAUUUAAUCAAAGUUUACUUAUAUAACCCUAAAUCACAAGUGUCUCAAAGGGCUGCACAAACCACAACAUCUGUUAUCUAUUGGACAUGUCUGACGACCUACUACAACUUAUCUGUUAUCCAUUGGACAUGUCUGAUGACCUACUACAACUUAUCUGUUAUCCAUUGGACAUGUCUGACGACCUACUACAACUUAUCUGUUAUCCAUUAGACAUGUCUGACGACCUACUACAACUUAUCUGUUAUCCAUUGGACAUGUCUGACGACCUACUAGAACUUAUCUAUUAUCCAUUGGACAUGUCUGACGACCUACUAGAACUUAUCUGUUU